AGCUGCACAAACACGAUGAACAGAGACCCUGGCCUGAAUCCAGCCAGGGCAGGGGCGACGCCCGUGCCGGCCUCACCCAGAUCCCUUGGCCCCUCCUGCCCUCCCCUCCCAGGGCCGCUGCCUUGGCUCCCUGGUGCCUGUGGUGCCCGCCUUACCCUGUGUUUGCCUGCCCAGCGGACGCCCUACCAGGGAUCUCCAGGGGCCAGCCCCCGCCGAGGCCCUGCUGCAGAGACCAAGCAUGUGAGGGCUGCAGAGGGGAAGGCUCUCGCACCGGUCCCUGGGAGGGGGGAGCAGGGACCUGAGGGCCGAGGCUGUUGCAAUCAGCUGCCUGAUAAGGGAUCACCUGGCCUGGGGGCCUCCCCCAGGCGGGCUAUAAAAGGGACAGGCAGGCUCUGGGCCAGGCAUCCUGCCAUCCCUCGUGCCCAGGAGCUCCUGAUCUCGUCUGUGGCCAGCAGGGUCUGUGCUGCGCCCCCGAAGGACCGGCCCACCAUGCACCACCCACUUCUCCACUUCUGCCUCCUCCUGCUGUGCCAUGAGCUACAUGGGCACCGGCUGCCCCCCACAGUCCCACCGGGAGGCGCCGCUGGGACCGUCAAGCCCCCAGGGAUGGAAGUCGCCCCCCUCCCCACUUCUCCCGACAUGCCCAGCUCCCAUCAGGCCGCUGCCAGGGUGUUCCUCGACUCCCUCCUGGGGCGGCUUCCCCAGCCGGGGCUCCCAGGGGUGGGGGUCUCCUGCCAGGACUUGCUGCCCGAGGCCCUGGAGGGUUUCUCCCAGCUCCCGCCGCUGCCCCAGACCCUCGCCAGCGCGGCCUUAGCCCUCUCCCUCCAAGGGGCUGGCUGCCCCCGCCAGGCCGAGGGGCUGGUGCUGCGGCUCUACGGGGCGGUGGGGAUGGAUGAUGCCAACGCGCUGCUGCUGGGGAUAGCAGGACGCCCGGGAAGCCCCAGCCAGGGCAAGAGAGGCAGGACCGCCCUGCUCUUCAAUGUGGAUCAGCUGGCAGGGGUGGGCCCCCGGCGAUGCUCGGGCCUGGCCCAGAUCGACAGCUCCCUGCUGCUGGGCCCGGUGGCCAGCACCCACACCACCUUCCCAGACGCCGCCAUGGCCUGCCACGGGCUGGGCUCUGCCUGUGCCGGCGUGACCUCCAACGGGACCACCUCCUUCUCAGUGAUCGGACAGCCCGGCGCCUACGCCCUGCCGGGCCGCGGGGUCCAGGCCUGGCUCCACCGGUGCCGCGGGGCAGGGAGGAAGCGGCGCGGGAGCCCGGAGGCCUGCAGCAGCGCGCGGGAGCGGAAGGUGCAUGGCAUACUGGAGUGGGUGCCCGUGGUCAGCACUUACUACAACGUGGGCACCAGCAUCUACUACGCCUUCCAGAACUGCACGGAGCUGGCCAAGGAGCGGGGCAUCGAGGCGGCCCUGGACCUGAGCUACGACGCCCUCCUGGGGCUCUUGGGCACGGCAGGGGGCAACUUGGGCGUUGGCAUAGCCGUGGGGCUGAAGCCGGCCGUCAAAGUGGGGGUGCGGUCGCUGAUUAGCUACUUCCGGCAGGUGGAGCCGUCCAACCCCCUGCCCACGAGCUCCUCCAGCCCCGUCACCACAGCCGGCUUCUUCGUGCCGCCAUCGGUCUGGGUGUGAAUAAAGCAGGGCGCUGCCCAUUCUUUGA